GUUAAGUAUGUCUCGUACAUCGGCGACGAUGACAGUAAAACUUAUAAGGGAAUUGUGGAUGCACAACCUUAUGGAGAUCAGAUUGUAAAAAAAAAGAGUGUCUUGGACACGUCCAGAAAAGAAUGGGUUCAAGACUACGUAAUUAAAAAAAAAACUAAAGGAAUUGGCGGCGCAGGAAAGCUUACCGGUAAAUUAAUUGACGAACUCAGUUUGUACUAUGGAUUAGCAAUAAGAAGAAACUCAGACAAUAUUAACAACAUGAAAAAAGAAAUAUGGGCUACUCUUUACCAUAAACUUUCAACCGACGAAAAACCGCAACACGAUCGAUGCCCGUCUGAUGCUGAUUCAUGGUGUACGUGGCAGAGUGCAAAAGCUAAGAAUACUCUUGCUUCUUACAGCCAUAAGAAACCGCUAAAUGAGGAAGUUUUUAAAGCUAUUCAACCCAUUUAUGAAGAAUUAACAAACGAUGAUUUACUUACUGGUUGUUUGGGAGCUUACACUCAAAACAGUAAUGAAAGUUUUAAUUCUACGGUCUGGAACUUGGCACUUAAAAACUUUUCUAGCGGUAAAGUAGUUUUAGAUAUAACUACAGAUAUUGCUGUUUGUACAUUUAACGAUGGUAUCAGUAGUGUUAUGAACAUUAUGAAAGUCUUAAACUUGCCAAUAGGACCGAACUGCUAUAAUUUUUGCUCAGAAAUUGAUGCUUUGCCAGUCGAUCAGGCUGAACGAUCAAUGAGCGAAGUAGCAAACAUUGCGCGCUCCAACAUACUAUCGGUUAGAAAAUCAAAAGAUGAGGAAAAUAUUGCUGUAGAAAGUCAGCUUUAUGGAGCUGGUAUUGCAGACUAA